CUGGUCAGCAUUGUCAUCGAUAUCGUCAUGGUGUCGUGUCUUUUAACGGUCAAGAUUUUUGGUUGCGCACACGACCGGCAGCCUGCUGCAAACUCGCAAGCACGAAACAUUGGACCCAAGAAAGAAGAAAGAUAUUUCCAUGGUCAUUCCCACCAGCUGCAUUGGUAUCGUGUUGUUGGUGACAGCCGCCGAAAGUCAAUCAUUUUAACAAAGAACGAUACUUGGAGCAAAAGGAAAUAAAGUUUUUGAGAUAUUAUUACGCUGACGAUGAGUACUGGUACCAAUCCAGCCGCUCAACAGGGUUGGGUGAAGAGCGUGGAUCCGAAAAGCGGCAGGACUUUCUAUGCCAACCGAUUGACACGAAAGACGCAAUGGGAUAAACCGGACAAUUGGAUUGAAGAGGAAGUGGUGGCUCCGCCGCCGAAUCCCUACCAAACGCGUCAAGAUGACGACGAUGACGACCUGCCCGCCAAUUGGGAAAUGAUGACGGAUCCGACUUCUGGAAAACCUUUCUAUGUAGACCAUGAGCGCAAAAUCACUACCUGGACAAAACCCACGAAACAGAAGAGUACUCCUGCUGCCGUGUCGCACGCUCCAGCCACUGUGGCUACUUCCUCUUCUUCGUUGAAGCAGAUCAUGUCGCAGUCGGCCGCGGCGACGUCGGCAUCUUCUCCCACAAAAUUUGGCAGCAGUACUUCUUCUUACAAUGCUCCUUCAUCCUACUACAAUGAAAGCUACGCGCAACCACAUCAGUGGCAUCAGGAACAGGCGGAUUUUUCCGAUUCCAUGCCCAAACUGGAAUUCUCGGUCAAAAAAGUGGAAGAUGCUUUGCGUCCGGAAUGUUCGCAUUGCGACGAAAUCUUCACCAUGUCCAAACGCCGUCAUCACUGUCGCUUGUGUGGUGAUGUGUUUUGCGACACUUGUUCGUCGCACCGUGUCAAUCUGCCUCUGGAAGGUCCCGAGUUUGAAAAGCCAGUGCGAGUGUGUGAUUUCUGUAACCAAGACAUUGAAAAGGGAAAUUUUUUCAGUCUCCGACGUUACUUUACACCCGUGCUGCUCUACAAGCCGGGACGAGCUUCUGUGGAUCAUGAGGAAGGUGUGGCUUCCGCGUCCAAUGUCAAUGCCGCUUUGUGUGCCUUGACUUCGGAUUUUGAUCAAAUGUUGAACAAUCCAUCCACCACCAUUGAGGACAAGGUGACAAUUCCUCCGGAUGUCUUUGUUCCGGCAUUGAUCGAACACCUCUACUCGAGAGAAACCGCGGACCGGACUGUUCGGGCCGUUGCUUCCUUGUUGGCUUUGGAGAGCAUUGCGGGAAAAAAGGAUUACACCCAUGCCAUCGUUUUGCACGGAGGUAAAAGGGCUAUCGAAAGCAUCAUGGAAUUGCUCGAACGGACUGGAAACGACCGACGAACCCUUUUUAUUCAGGAACAGGCUGCCAGAGCCAUGUUCUACUUGACCGAGGGCAAAAUUCUAGCAUCGUUGCAGAGGAAGCACGAACAGCUGACUGCCAAAGGCGAAGAGUUUGGUGGAGUGGAGUCCAUUGACUUGCCGAGAGCACUCCGAAAUAUGCUGGAUCACUGCUCCGUUUCCAAAAAUCCAAAUCUACAGCGUUGGUCCACCUCUACUAUUCAUCACUUGGUGUUGGAGGAUCAAAGGCGCGCGACAAUGGCUGUGAAUGAAGUGGCUGCAGCUGUUGCCUCGGGCCAGGCUCCCGAUGACUUGGAAUACAACUCCUUCUUGGACCAGCUAGUUUCCACUGGUGGAAUCAUGAUCCUGUGUAGUCUAAUUGGCGCGGAAGACGCGGAUACAAGAGCACAUGCCGUUGCUGCCUGUCAGGCUAUCCUGUCGAGCACAAGAAUCAUGGACAACAGCCGUGCAGCCUUGGCUGAAAUGACUGGUGGCCAACCAGGUGGUUCCGAAACAAAGGACGGGGAGAUUGUCCGUGCCUUGAUUGCCGGGGGCGGUUGCGGCUCGUCCGUGUCGCAGCUCUUGAUUUCCGCCGAUAAUGCUGUUGCCGGUAUGGGCUGUGAUUUUGUUGCUUCCUUGGUUGGGCCUCUCUUGAGUCAAGCAGCGGCAACUGCCAGCCUGCCAUCGCAGUACGACUGGAGGUCGGACAAUGAUGGAAUGGGUGCCUGCAGGGAGGCAGCGUUGGAAAUUGCAACUGGUGCCUGUUUGCCAGCUUUGCUUUCCCUUGUGCGUCAGCACGUGAGACGCCCCGUGGAACUGAAAAAGUCCGCUAUGGAGACUCUUGCGGCUGUUGUGUUGGCAGUUGGCGAAAUAGGAAGAGCAUGGGCGGGCGGAAAGUACGAGGAAGGUCUAGAAAUGGUAGGAGCUCCAGCCAAACUGAAGGAGGCUCUUCUUUUGCUCAAUGAGGAGGGAACCAUUGAUGCAGCUCUCGAGCUUCUUCAGUCAACGGCUGCACAGUCUUUGGGCUCUGCUGCAGAUACACCAGCAUCUAGAAUGCGAGAAUGUGCCGGAAUCAUUCUGGCGUCUCUUACGACUUGUUCCGCCGAAGCAAUCAUGGAGCUUCAGACUCGUAAGGUCGUCUCUCCCUUGCUCUUGGCGUCCAAUGACGCUUCGAUGUUGUCACCUUCGAGUAUCCGUGGUGAUACAGCUCCUCGGUGCCUGGGAGUUUUGGAAACGGUGGCUUCUGUGCUCAUGUUUGCUUGGCAACAUCCAUCGGGAGCAUCUAAUGAGCUGCUGGACCAGCUGAUUGAGGCCCUGGAUGUGGGAGCCAUAUCCUUUCUUUCAAAAGUGCUGCUGAAGGGUGUCGAAUGGGAUUCCAAGGACAAAGCGGUUGGAGGAAUGAAGUCAGCCACAGCCUGCUUUCGCUUGCUCUGUUGUCUCUUUGGGAUUGCGCUGACUGACGAGACAACUAUCGGCAUGAAACGUCUCAUGGACGCGGUGGAUGCAGACUCUUACAAUUACAACACUAGCCGCAACAAGAAAGGGCCACACAACAUUGUGGAAGCAGUGUUGGGGUCGCUCCAGGUGGCUUCCGCGACGGCAAAGAAGGCUCUUAUGGGGAGCCUUGGACAAGGGGCUCACUACCAAACCGCCCUUAUGGACAUGCUUGAGGCUGCUGUGCUCGCCACAGGAUCCAUGUGUGGCUCAUCGG